AUGGCUGAUCCUCUCACGAUAGUUGGCGGGAUUGCAUCAUUCGCUCAGUUAUUAAGUCUUGUUGUCAAAACGACUGAAGUCGUGUUCACGUUCUGUCACUCCGUGCGAGAUGCACCUAAAGAACUUAAACGAAUCCAUGAAAAGCUCACAUGUCUCAACUUGGCUUUGAAGAAUAUUGAAGCCCAACUUACUGAGGUUUAUGAAUUCGAGAUUCUUCCUCCAGAUCUGUGCUAUGUCUUACAUAACUCCAUCGAUUCUGUUCGCAAGGAAGUCAUAACGUUAUAUAGCAAGUUUGAUAUAGCUUUAGACUUCGAGUCUCCAUCCAAUCCCUUGCGAGUACGACUCAAAUGGGCUCUUCUCGAGCGACACCUAGUGAGUGACACAGUCGACCGGCUACGGGAUUCAGAGGGCACACUCACUUGUGCCUUACAGCUUCUGAAUGUACCACGUCUAUCGAGAGGUCAACUCCAGAACACUGUUUUGGAUGUCGACUCCUGGCUCCGGAAAUUUGGAUUCUUUGGCUCCAUCUCACAGAUCAUAGAGCCAGGCAAUGGUCAAUGGGAGUCUCGGAUUUGCAUGGGAUUUAAGCCUCCAAACUGGAUAUACACCAAGUCUAUCACUUUCGAUCUAAUAUUCGCAAAUACUGGCAUUCCUGGAAAGGGACUUAGUAUUCUUCCUGGGCAAAUACGGCUUCAAAACCAAGUUUCGCUAAAUUCGCCUCUUAUGAUGGCCUGCGCCCAGGGUGAUGUUAGAUUGAUCAGGCAAUGUCUAAAUGAUGGGAGUGGACAAGUCGGAGAUAGAGCCAGCUGCUGCGGCAAAACUCCUCUGUUGAUUGCUCUCGAAGGAAAGCACUUGAACGCUGUUACCUACCUCCUAGAGUCUGGUGCAGACCCAAAUAUAGGAGACGACAAUCAAAUGUAG